ACACAUAGCAACGAAAUAACAGACUCUACCUACUUGCCAUGGGCUGGGGGCUUGGCUUCACUUAUUACCCCAAAUGACAAUCCUGCAUCCUACCAUGAUUCCGCGUUGACUCGUAGCAUGAAUUUGCACCCUGUCACAGAAAGUUCCAAAUUCAUACAGAUCACAACAGCUGAUAGCCACCAGCUCCGUCGCGCAGUAAAGCUAACUCAGCCUGCGUCUCUGGAAUCUUGCGAAAUACAUGAGCAGAAGUGCCCUCAGAGUGACAUACCGACAGGGUCCCUGGAAAGGCAGCUACUUUCUCAGCAAAAAACUCAUGUAAAACACCGGUUUGCUGAUGUCGAUAGAAAUGGUAACACAUUGUGUAAAUUUGUAUGCCAAGCAUACUGGGCGACCCAAUUUGCAGCAGUUCGUCAAGCCUAUCUUGGUCUCAACGAAGAUGAGGAAAUUGGCUACCUCAGGUCGCUAUCCAUGGCGCGACCGUGGAAUGCUCAAGGUGGGAAAUCUGGUGCAACUUUCUUUAAGACUGCAGAUGGCCGCUUUGUUGUCAAACAGAUCACCCGGACAGAGUUACAGAUGUUCCUAGAGUAUGCUCCGGCAUACUUUGAGUAUCUCUCAAAAUCUUUCUUUCACAAGUAUGAUACACUUCUCGUCAAAGUUCUCGGUGUCUAUCAGAUCGGAUCACACAACCGUGUCAAUGGCAGGAGGAUUAUGGAGCAGGUUGUCGUCAUGGAGAAUCUUUUCCACGAUCGCAUAAUCUCUCGCGCCUUUGACCUCAAAGGUAGUACCCGUUCCAGAUAUGCUAGACAAGCUGAGACCCUAUCAUGUAAAGCGCACCCCGUACUCCUCGAUGAAAAUUUCAUGGAGUUCACAAAUGGGCGUCCAUUACCAUUGCGUGAUCAAGCCAAAGCAUAUUUCAACAGUGCUGUGCUUAACGAUACGCUAUUUUUGUCACUUAUAAACGUAGUGGAUUACUCAAUCUUGGUUGGCAUGGAUGAAGAAAAUCACGAGCUUGUUGUGGGUAUUAUCGACUACAUGCGUCAGUAUGAUAUCAUAAAGAAAAUGGAGCGCAUGGGAAAGUCUGUAGGGAUGAUUGCAGGUCAGGCCGAACCGACUGUCAUCCAGCCCCCCAAUUACCGAAAUCGCUUUCAAGCAGCAAUGGAGAGAUAUUUCAUGAUGGUCCCUGAUAAGUGGACAUCCUUUCGCAUGCAGCAGGUGGGCUAGGGCCAGUCGAUAAAGUCGACAUUGCUAUGGGCGCUUUGUGCUAUGGGUGCUUCGUGCUAAGGCCGUGAGCAAGAAACUCGAUAGUGUUCAUUUGAAAUACUAAUAUCCUGGGGCGGCUAGCUCAACGCAGGGCCACGCACUUUGCGUCGCAGGUGUUGUGGUAGUCGAGGGAUUGUCAGAACCGCCGCCAUCGAUGCAAAUUCGCCCGCUAGCGUAUCGCUGCGGACGUUGAGCGCCAGUCAGCGGUCGAAACAUGUGCGUCGUGACGUUCGACGCCGCACGCCGGCCGCGGCACGUCUAUUCCCGUUCCUAGUCGGGCGUGACCAUGACGUUGGAGCCCUGGUCGAAGCUCAUGCCCUGCGCGCGGAGCGCGCCCCAGCUGAGGAUCGGUGGGGACCCGGGGACGGAGGCGUCGUUGUCGCUCUCGAUGCUGAACUUGGAUCGCGCUGCUGUAGCCGCGGAAUCCCGAGGGUUCCGCGACGGAGCCAGAGGGCUCGCCGCGCGUGCCGAUGCGGGGCAGUCACGUGUCGGACGCCUGCGCGCCCGUGUCGAUCAAUGCGCGGCUCGCGUCUCGCGGUUUCGGUGGCAACUCCGGCGCUGUCAAGGAUGUGCUGGGACGACCACCUCGCCAGACUAGAGUACGCAUCAGCAACGGCCAGCGUCGAGUACGACCCUUACGCUUCGUCAACGAAGCAGCUAGGCCAGUGGGAGAUACGGAGGGCCAAGUCACGGUGGGCGCUUUCAACCCGCCUAACACCUCUUACCUCCGCGCCUUGACAUGGCCAAGCCUACCGUAGACCAAAACCAGCGACCAAAGCCGACUAAUAACUUGCCACAGGUGAGCGC